UUCCAACGCAUAUAUAAAAAAAAAAAAAAAAAAGAAAAGAAAAAAGAGAAGAAAAGAAAGAAAGAAAGAAAGAAAGUGGAGAGAUAAUCAAGCUCAACUGCAAAACCAAUUAUAAAGCCCUUGUCUGUAACCCUACUUCUCCUCUCCUCUCCUCUCCUCCACAGACUUACAGAUCCUGAAACCUACCUAGGCUAAGUAUUUUAGGAAAACGAUCAACUUUGUGUGCUUGCUUCACCAAUAGGCCGAGCUAGCUAGCUAGCAGGAACCUUGAACAUCUCACAAGGUGGAUCCUUGGCAUGGAAAGAGGGCACUUCCCAUGGGGGAGGAGGAGGAGGAGGAAGAGGAGCAGGAGGAAGAAGAGCAGCCCGAUGUGUACUUGCCUGAACCCUACACCUCGGUUCUGGCCGAGAAAGACACGGCCACCAUGGUUUCGGGCCUCUCUCGCAUCAUCGGAACUAGUAGUACUCCUGUUCGUCAAGCACCGUCCACGGAGACACAAGCCCAACACCACCCAUCUCGCCUCGUCCAACAUCAAGGAAACCAGACGAGAAGACAUUAUAGGGGAGUAAGACAAAGGCCGUGGGGGAAAUGGGCUGCUGAAAUUCGCGAUCCCAACAAAGCAGCCCGCGUCUGGCUUGGAACCUUCGACACAGCCGAGGACGCAGCCAUCGCAUACGACGAAGCUGCUCUCCGGUUCAAAGGCACCAAAGCCAAGCUCAAUUUUCCCGAACGAGUAGCAGUCCAAGGCUUCCCCUCCAGCGACACUACCAAUCCCCGCGGCUAUUAUUUUGAUCAGUCGACUACUGUUCCUCCUCCAACUCCGCCUCUUCCUAAUUAUUACAUGCCUCCACAACCACAAGGAACUAUUUAUCCCAACCUUAUUCAGUACGCUCAGCUUCUCUCAAGCAACGAUGCCGAUUUCCCUUAUUUCACUUCGGCUCUCUACAAUCAACCCGCCUUCUCCUCCUCACAGUACUCGUCGUCUUCUUCAACUGCACCGUUUUCCUCGAAUCCUCCUGCUCCUCCUCCUCAUCAUCAUCAGCAGCAGCCGCAGCAUGAGUUUUUGGGUUUUUCGUCCAUGUCCGAAAGCUCCUCCUCCAGUGCUGAUCACAUUCUCAAGCACGGUCGGUACUCGGGUUCCGGUAACCCAGGUGACGAAUAAUUUUCUUCAUUUAAGUAAGGUUACAUAUCAGUCUAGACCUCAUGGUAGACUCAAACUGGAUCCAAAUUCCACUACCUAGACUCGGGGACGGGCGAUCAAUGCAUUAUUUUACUUAGUGUUGAGUGUGUUUUGAACUACGUUAUCAACGAAAUAUUUGGAGUGUGUGUGUGUGUGUGUGAAUUUAUGGAGUUGUAAUCUUGUGUUAAUUAGGCAUCAUCAUGCUGCAUGCAGCAGGAGGAGGAAGUAGAGCUUCUCAACCCCACUUCCGUCUGCCUGUCAUAUCUAUCUUUGUACUGCUUGAAUAUAUAUAUAUAUGUAUCCGGGUCCACCCGAAACUGUUUGUUCAAUUGGCUUUAUUUAUUUGUAUUAAAGUUUGCUUGCUUGCUUGCGGGGCAUCGGAAAGGAGAAAUAUAUAUAUGUG